AUGGAACAAAAAAUUAAAACCCUUUUAUUUUUUAAAGUUUCUAUGUUUAUCCUUUUAAGUUGGAUAUAUCAUUUUUACAUUUUUAAGAGUACGUAUAGUAAACUUUUGGUUGAAUGCUAUAAUCAUCAUAGAAUAUUAUAUAGAACAAAUUAUCGUAUACUAGCAAUAUAUAAUCAGGAUAAGGAUUCAUGUGUUGUAUGUUUAAGAGAACAGAUACCAAAUGGAGGAAACGAUAAAAAAGGAAUAACUAACAAUGAUAAGUGUUCCACAGAGAAAAAGAAAAUAUUAAACGGAAGUUUACCACAAAGUGCAAGAGGACGCAAAAAAGAUAUAAAAAAUAAAUCAUAUUUAUUUGAAACAAAAAAAUAUUCGUAUUUAGAAAGAAAGAUAUUCAAGGAUCUUGAUUAUGAAAAUUUUCUUAAAAAUAACAAGACAAUUAGCAAUAAAGUUUACAAAAAAAUUAUACGUAAAAAACUCGUAUCACUAAAUUCACCUUUUAUGUUAUUGUUUUUAUUGUUAUUAAUAGGAUUUAUAUUAGAUUUAUAUGUUAAUUGUGGGCUUAUACGUGGGAUGGUUAAGACAUUGACUUUAAUUGUACCUGGAUGGUUUGGUCACUUAAAUAAUAUGUUGAAGACCUCCAAUUUAAGUUGGUUGUUCCAGUCUACGGAAAAAGUACAAGAUUUAAUAAAGAAAUUAUUCAGAACUAGUCGAAGUGGACCAUGGAAUGUACAGAUGGUAGAUGAAUAUACUUAUGUUCCGUAUUUUUUUGUCUUAGUUAUAUAUAUUAUACCUUUAAUUAUAUUAGGUAUCACACUUAUAUUAGGAGUUUUUUAUUAUCAUAAGAAAGUUAUGAAAUAUGAAAAAAUUAAAUUAAGGAAAAUAUAA